UCCCGGACGCGGCGCACCCACGUGUGCCGGGACAGCGGGGCCGCCACCGGGACAGCGGGGCCGCCACCGCCGCGAUGUCGGUGCCGGCGACCGCCAGCAACCUGCCCAUGCGGCUGCUCCGCAGGAAGAUCCACAAGCGCAACCUGAAGCUGCGGCAGCGCAACCUGAAGCUGCGGGCGGCCGAGGGGGCAGUGCCCUCCCUGGGCCAGGCGGCUUCCCAGGGACCCCCGGAGGAGGAAGAGGAGGAGGAGGCAGCGGCAGCCCCGGAGGUGGAGGAGAGCGCGGAGCCUGCGGACGCUGCCGGACCCCGCGGCGGGGAGAAGGAGAAGAAGAAAAAGAAGAAGAAGAAGAGGAAAGCGGCGGCUGAUGCGGGAGAUGAUACAGAAACCAAAAAAGCAAAAACUGAAGAGGAUGAAUCUGCAGAGGUAGAAAAUGGACGUAAGCAGAAUUCCGAAAAGAAAGAAGUGGAAGAGGAGGAUGAUGAGGAGGAUGAAGUGCCCAGUUUACCACUAGGUUUAACAGGUGCUUUUGAAGACAAUUCUUUUGCUUCCCUGGCUGGUGCUGUCAGUGAGAAUACAUUGAAAGGCGUGAAUGACAUGGGGUUUACACACAUGACUGAAAUUCAGCAUAAAAGUAUUAAGCCUCUUCUGGAAGGCAGGGAUAUUUUAGCAGCUGCAAAAACGGGCAGUGGCAAAACACUUGCAUUUCUCAUUCCUGCAGUAGAGCUCAUCUACAAGCUGAAAUUCAUGCCUAGAAAUGGAACGGGUGUCAUUAUUCUUUCUCCUACUCGAGAGCUUGCUAUGCAGACCUAUGGGGUUCUUAAAGAACUCAUGAAUCAUCAUGUUCACACCUAUGGUCUGAUAAUGGGGGGCAGUAACAGAUCAGCAGAAGCACAGAAGCUUGGAAAUGGAAUCAACAUCAUUGUAGCAACACCAGGAAGGCUGCUGGAUCAUAUGCAGAACACUCCAGGUUUCAUGUAUAAGAACUUGCAGUGUUUGGUAAUUGACGAGGCAGAUCGAAUCUUGGAGGUUGGAUUUGAAGAAGAAAUGAAACAGAUCAUAAAACUUUUGCCAAAGCGCAGACAGACGAUGCUUUUCUCUGCUACACAAACCAGAAAGGUUGAAGAUCUGGCAAAGAUCUCUCUGAAGAAAGAGCCACUGUAUGUUGGGGUUGAUGAUAACAAGGAGACAGCAACAGUAGAUGGUCUUGAACAGGGGUAUGUAGUGUGUCCGUCUGAAAAAAGGUUCCUUUUGCUCUUCACAUUCCUCAAGAAAAACCGGAAGAAGAAACUGAUGGUAUUUUUUUCUUCAUGUAUGUCAGUGAAGUACCACUAUGAAUUACUCAACUACAUUGAUCUGCCUGUUUUGGCCAUUCAUGGCAAGCAGAAGCAAACCAAACGUACUACAACGUUUUUCCAGUUCUGUAAUGCAGAAUCUGGAAUAUUGUUGUGCACUGAUGUUGCUGCCAGAGGAUUGGAUAUUCCUGAAGUUGACUGGAUCGUCCAGUAUGACCCUCCGGAUGAUCCCAAGGAAUAUAUUCAUCGUGUUGGUCGAACUGCCAGAGGCAUAAAUGGGAGAGGACACGCUCUGCUCAUUUUACGACCAGAAGAACUGGGCUUUCUGCGAUACCUAAAACAAGCCAGGGUACCGCUGAGUGAAUUUGAAUUUUCUUGGUCAAAAAUUUCAGACAUCCAGUCUCAGCUGGAAAAACUGAUAGAGAAGAAUUAUUUCCUUCACAAGUCAGCCCAGGAGGCAUACAAAGCUUACAUUAGAGCUUAUGACUCCCAUUCUCUGAAGCAGAUCUAUGAUGUCAACAACUUGGAUCUUCCCAAAGUCAGCCUUUCAUUUGGUUUUAAAGUUCCUCCGUUUGUUGACCUCAAUGUGAACAGCAACCAUGGCAGAAGACUACAGAAAAGAGGUGGAGGUGGAGGAUUCGGUUACCAGAAGUCCAAGAGUGUCCACAAAGCGAAAAUCUUCAAGCACAUCAGCAAGAAAUCAGACAAUCGGCAGUUUUCUCGUUAAUCAUCCAGUCAUUCAAAUGGCUGCUGGCAUUGGAAUAGCCCACCUUGAUCAAAACCAUCUGGCAGUUACUCUCAGUUUAAACUGCUCCAUUUGCAUUUCUAGUUUUUGUGGUU